AUGGCCGUGACUCCUUUCCGGGCAAAAGCUGAGGAGCGAGCGGCCAAAAUCAAGAAGGAUGAGGAUAGUAGUCCAGAGCCCUCAGCGAAGCGCCCGUGCAAUACUCACGAGAAGCAGCUGGCCAAGCUCCCUAAGGGUGAUUUGGAGACUGUGAAGGACAUGGUUGAACCCAAUUAUGGUUGGUGCAGCAACAAUGAGGGUGCUCACCCAGCAGCGCUGAUGACAGAGCUCUAUGGCAGCGCAGCCACUGAUGCUAAUGUGUUGCACUGCCAGCAGCUGGAUGGUUGGUACUCGGAGUAUGCAACUAGCAUCCGGAACAUGCCAUAUCUUUACAAGAAGCCGGAGCAGGUGGAGUUGAAUCCUUCCAUGGACGGCGAAGUGGUGAAGCUGCCAAUCACUUGCCUCCGGUUCACCACGCCGGACGAUGGACUCCCAGUGUGCGAGGACUGGUGCUCCACAUUUGAAUCUAUGAUCUUGGGAGGAGUGGAGCUUUCACGAGAGUUCUCAAAGCUGAUUGAGACCAAGGCCCGUGAAGGGGAGCAUCCACAGGAUUGGACUACAGAGCAACGCCUGCAGUCCAUCGUGCAGGAGUUCAAUGAAAGCAGCGGACUGCAAGCUAAACAUCGCAUCGAAGAUGAACGAUACAAGGAAGCCCGAAUUGUCAUCCGACACCAUCUGGAUUCCCACAAGUGGCACCAGAGUGCCUUUAGCACGGAGCAAUUCAAAGGAACAAGGCGUUUGCGGGCGUCCGCGCGAGGGAAAGCUCGACUUUCAUCUGGUCAGUUCGAUGCCAUGUGUGACUUUGCCUGCGCGUACUCCUACGUUUGGGAAGAGGCAAGGCUUUGUGAGACUUUCAUGGAGAAAUCCUGCCGGAUCUCGCUGGUGACCAAGAAGGACGGCUUUGACCUUGGCUUGGACAAUGCUGUGCGGGCAGCUGCUGCAGCUGCCAAGGUGGAUUCGAAAGAUGUUGACACCAUCUUGUACUUCGAUUGCACGAAGCUUGGAGUCCUUUCCCAGGCAGAAGUCAAUUUGGUGGGCGAGUACGCCGACAAGGUUCUCAGCAAGAACCCAGCGCGAGACCGGAAAUCAUAUCAUGCAGCAGUGGUGGUGCAUCCGACCACUUACGAUUCUUGCGUCGAGCUUGCAGCUGUAAAGGCUGGCUUCAUCGUUCUCAGCAGCACUGGCAACAACAUGGCCUUCAACUGCAGCAAGGAGAUCAUGAAGACACAUCUCUUGGAGGCGUGGAAGAAUUCUCGCGCACCUAUGAAUUCAGUGCUGCCUCGCUAUCGGAAAGCACCGCCGCCGGAGGAGAUGCCGGCCGUGCUUCAGAAGCCUGAGCUGCGGAUUUGUCAGCUGUCAGAUGGGCGGCUGAUCAUUCCCCGCGACAUCCGGCAGGCCUUUUUGACUUGCCCCGUGUGGGGACCUGAGUGGAGGGAUCUGUUGAAGGCCUUCGAUGCAGACUGGGGCGUCGCUGUCCCGAGUGGCCCAUCUACGCCAUCACCAUCUGGUCCAGUGUCGCAGUCCAAUGAGAAGAAGGAGGAGGUCAAGGAUGAGGAUGGCUUCUGGGCAAAGCACUUUGCAGACUCCUUCAAGACCUUGGAAGCACUCAAGGCCAAAUUUGGCAGCGACCUCACGGAGAUGGCUGGCCCUGAGCAGGCUGUGUCCUUUGCUUUGGUUCCAGGCCCAGCUCUCUACAUCGUUGGCAAGGAGGCGGUUCAGCUCAAGGAGUCUGCGGGGUCGCCGCUUGUUUGCCACGGAGCUGGCACAUGGCUUUUGGGCGCGAAGGCUGAGAAGUACAGGGCUGACAAUCCAGGGCGAGGGAUCCCUUGCGCUUGGAGCUCUGACGAAGUGUUGGUCGUUGUGGAGGAGAGGGGUUGUUGUUCCUUAUCACUUGAGGUUGUCAAUUUCCUGUUGUCAAUUUCCUGCCUUCAUCUUUUUUGUUGCCAUGACUCCAUGACCAUGCAGGAAGACCAGGUUGAUGGACCCAUCCAGACUUUGCGGCAAGCUCUCCAGGGCUUUGAGAAGAAGGGCCAUGUGGACUACACGCUUGGAGGGCACCAGUGCUCCCGGCCCCCUGGCGUGCAGCAGGGGAAGGCGGAAGACUCCUUCAGCAUCAAGCCGGACCCGGACAACCUUUUGAUCUGGAAGCCGAACAUGGUGGCAGCGAAGUCACUGAAAGCCGCCAAUGUUGCCUCCUCCUUCACAUGGCCUUUGCUUGAAGCAUCUCCUCUCCGGCUUGUCACCCGGCCUGAUUGCUUUUUUGCCGCACGCUUUACAUGCUUUGGCACAUGUUCUCAACUUUCUUUUGGCCUUGCCUGGGCUUAUGUUUCUUCAGCCCCUUUGUCUUGGUUUUGUGAGGUGUGGCGGCUGCGCUACUGGCAGAAUGAAAAGUGUGUGGCAGCAGCAAAGCCGCUGUACUUUUUGCCAUCAGAUCUCACGCUGGAGAAGGGUGCCUGUCAGCGCAUCAUCUAG